CACGGACUCACUGCUCAGAAAAACGGCGUCGUUUUAUGCUGGUAAGACGGCGCCGUUUUACCCCCGGGACCUCAUGUCAUUCCCUCUGGCUCUCAAAAUCCCUCCUCUUCUCCCGUCGCCGUCACUGCCCCUGCCCGUCGUCCUCGGCCACCACCCAGCCCGUGGUCGGCGUCCGCCCACAUCUUCGUCGGGUUCUCUCUCUAACCAUGUUUUCCGCUUCUAACCCUAAGUCCCUCUUUUCUCUCCUCAUUCUCUCCCUUCCUCCGAACCACCCUCCCGUCUCUCCUCAUUACCUGAGUUGGUGAACAUCUAAGGACGGGAACCGCUAAUCUACCGAUCUACUGCGAAAUUUACCACGUAAGCUCCACAUCUUCCGAUCUGCUUCCAGAUUUGUGCCUCUGUAAAUUAGCCCGUGAAGAAAUCCAUUUUGGUUUCUAGACUAUCAUUAUUUUGCUUCCAGAUUUGGGGUUUUCUUGCAGUGUUGCACACCCAAGUUUGCUUCCAGAUUUUUGGAAAUUUAUUCUCCACAGAAAAUGGCUAGUGCAAGUCUAGGACAUUUAUGCCCAAUCCAAGCCUUUUGAAAAAAAAUGGGACCCAGAAUUAGAUCUGUGUUCGCUUCCAGAAUGGGGCCUGCUGGGCAACAACAUUGGCUUUACUCCUGCGACAGAACUGUAUGGGCCCUGAUUUAGAGCUCCAAGGAAAUUUGAAAGCUGCUAUGGAAUUUUCGGUUAGUAAGGACAACGUAAUUGCCUCCGAAGGCUCAGAAGAAAAACUUCUGCAACGUGCAAGUAAUUGUGAGGACAACACCUUUGGCGUGGAAGGAUUAUUAGUUGAGCGAGCUGGUGAACAUAAUGGAAUUGAUAAUAUGGAGCUUAAUAUAACCGACAUUAUUGAUACAAUUGAUGCUGUACCGGUUGAAGGUGAAUGCCAAGAUGUGACUGAGCAUUCAAGUUCUUUUGGUGGUACAGAAUCCAGGACGGAGAGUGGUUUGAUGUUGACUGAUGACGAAAUUGAGUCACAUGUGUGUGCAAGUAAUGCCUCAGUAUUUGAUGGAUGCUUUGAUGCCUUUCGAAUAAGGAAGAAAAAGUUAACAGUCCAUUGGAGGCAGUUUAUUCGUCCUCUUAUGUGGCGCUGUAAAUGGAUCGAACUUCAAAUUAAGGAGCUUCAGUCCCAGGCACUAAAGUAUGAUAGAGAACUUGCAGUUUAUGAUCAAAGAAAGCAGUUUGAAUUUGAAAACUUCACCUUAGAAGGUUUUGAUGCAAAGUCCCUACCCUUUUCCAGACAACUUAGAAAUAAGGUCAUGGCGAGGAAGAAAAGAAAGAGAGUUGAAGAGACGGCUGAUGUAACGCCAUAUAUAUCACAACAUAACCUGUUCUCCUACUAUGAAAGUAAGAGGUCUAUUGCUGAUGGUGCUCCUAUAGAAGGGUAUUGUGGUAAUCUAGAUAAGAUUGCUAAUGGCAGUAAUGAGUUUGGGCUAAAUGAUGGAUGGUCAUCUCUUGAAUUUGGAAAUGGUGAUAAUUCAUUGGAACAGAUUCUCUCGAAGAUUGAAGUGGCACAUUCUCAAGUUCGCAAGCUGAAGACCCAAAUUGACAAGGUGCUCAGUGAAAAUCCUGGAAAGUUCUGUUCCAUAAAUAAGUUGAGCUUUCCUGUACCAUCUGAAGCAUUGACCAUUUCUGAUCAAAGUCCUGCCUCUCCUCCUGAUAAUGGACAUAGAUUGCCAGCUAAAUCUCGAUUUACUUCUCGGCAUAUAUCUGAGGGUAGCAUGGGAGAUGUACCUAUGUCUGAAAAUGCAGUUUUCAGUCUCGGGGAGGCAAACCCUCUUUCUAAUAUAAUUGAAAGCAUUGACCAGUCUCAGAAGGAAGGAAUUCUGAUACAUAAUCAGGCUGCCAAGGAAGAGUUGGAUGGUUUUGGCCAAGUCAGAGGAUGGCUCAUAGAGAAGCCUCAGGUACCGCUGGAAGAGCAGAAAACUAUUCCUGACCUGCCCGCAGAGACAGCGACACCCAAGGUUCAAUCUAAUGUAAAAUCACGUUCCCCUUCCAAGUCAAGUUUCCCUCGGCACACAAGAAGACGGGGGCGGAGAAAAGCUGGCUCAAAGAGGUGGAGCAGGAGAUCUUUAGGUUAGCUGAAUUUUACAAGCCAAUAUAGUUUUUAUCUUAUUUGUUCUAAGGAUGUAAAACCAAAAUAUUCAACAAGGAUGUCAACAGCCUCCGUUGCUUUUCAGAAUUUGUAUAUGCUGCUUAUUUUACAGUUUUACUGUAUAUCUUCUCCCUCUCACUUGUAGCAUUGAUUUCAAGUAUAAUGUAAGCACUAUUAAUCUGUUUGGAUUUGAACUUGUUGCCAA